AUGUAUUCCAUUUACAUCUUCUUCUUCUUCUUGUUCAUAUCGUCCGCAAUAUCACAGGAUAACGUUAUUACUUUGUUAACUAAUCAAACUGUUUCUCCAAAAUCUCUCUAUAAUUAUUCCUCUCCUACUCAAAGUAUAGAAAAUAUUCCUCAUAUUCGUUUGACCAGAGACCUGCUUGCUAGGGACAGAUAUGAUGUGCGGGUUAGGCCAAUAGUUGAUCAUACAAAAACACUCAAAGUACAUAUAAGUAUGUCAUUAUAUCAGAUCAUUGAAGUGGAUGAGCCAGCACAGAACAUAAAGCUGAACGUUUGGAUGAUUCAACGAUGGACAGACGAAUAUUUGAAUUGGAAUCCUCGUGACUAUGGAAUGAUUAAUCAGACUAUAAUUCCACAUGAAUUUCUCUGGAUUCCAGAUACUUAUCUUUACAACAGUGUAAAAAUGAGUCGAGAUGAAACAGAAAGAUACAUGAAUAUUCAAGUGAGCUCAAAUCAUUGGAAAGGAACUAAUGGAUCUGAACUUUCUUUUUUAUAUCCCGCCAUCUAUACAAUCACUUGUCGUCUUAAUAUACGAUUUUUCCCGUAUGAUCGACAGAAUUGUACUUUGACCAUCUCCAGUUGGACAAAUUCCAAAUCUGCUCUGGACUACUAUGCGGAUGCAGAGGUAAAUCUGGCUUCUUUCAUUUCAAAUGAAGAAUGGGAUGUCAAAUCAUUCAAAAUCUUCCGUCAUGAGUAUAAAUAUGCUUGUUGUGCUGAGCCAUGGGUAAUCCUUCAGGCUUCGUUGGUUAUUCAAAGAAAACCUUUGUAUUAUAUUGUCAAUCUUAUUAUUCCUACAUCCAUCAUAACAAUCGUUUCUAUUACGGGAUUCUUCACUCCUGCCAGCACGGACGAUGAUCGAACAGAAAAAAUUAAUUUAGGUAUUACUACGCUCUUGGCUAUGUCCAUUUUGAUGUUGAUGGUCUCUGAUCAAAUGCCCACAACCAGUGAAUUCGUACCUCUUAUAGCGUGGUUCUAUCUUUCAAUUAUUAUCAUUGUGUCCAUAGGAACAUUCUUGACAAGCGUCGUAUUAUCCAUACAAGGUCGAAGACAAUACGGACGUUGUCCACCUGGAUAUAUUCGUUACAUAUUCUUCGUUAUUUUCCCUCAAUUUUUAUGUUUAAAUAUUCCUCCAUCAUUACAACAGCUCUGGUCGGAGUUGGAUGAUGAUCCAUUGAACGUCUGGAAACGUCGUAAACUGCCAAGUCCUCCAUCCAAACGGAAUGAGAAGCCAAAAAUAGCUUCUACUGGUCUCAUCAGUACCGACUCAUUCAAACAACAAUUAUCUCCGAUGUCACCGAAUACCUUGCGCGUUCCUAGCAGUGCUGGCUUUGCAGGAUUUGCUGGACUAGAACGGGAGAGUUCUAUCCAAAUGAUUGAUUUGUCAUUGCCGGCAUCUCCAUCGUCUCUACAGUCACGGGCUCCAUCCAUUUCUGUAGAGAAGAAAGUCCCUACUCUGUGGGAAGGAACCAUGUCUGCUCUAGUUGGAACGAAUUCUCACCUUCGUCGCACAUCAGCUGUUUAUUCGAAAGAAAUGGAUGUGAUGAGGAAGAAACGACAGUGCUCUCUUGAAUGGGAAUUCUUGGCAACGAUUCUCGAUAGAUUUUUAUUGAUUCUCUUCAUAAGUGCCGUAGUAUUAAUAACAGCUGGAUUAGUGGUUGUGGGUAAGAUGGCCCAAUACAGUUAUGACAAUCCUGAUCAUUCAUUCUUCUGGUGA